AUGCAAGAAACCGAGAAAUCCGAAAAAGAUAUGAUAGGUUCUCUGCUAGACGGUAACAAAUCUCUCAUCUAAUUAGAGGACGAAUCAAAAUGUUCAGAAUUCAGAUCUUCCAUCACCAAAUCCCAACAACAUUCUCAAUCUCAAUCUCCCAUCAAAAGCUUUAAAGACCUCAAAGAAGCCAAAGAAAUCCCACUCCUCCUUGAUGAUGCAGAUUAAUAAGAAUUUCCUUCCAAUGACCCAAACAACUUUUAUUUUACUGUCUAAUCCGCUUUUAUUCAACAGCGACAACACUCAAUGAGUCAUGAGUUCCAUCAAUACAUGGUCCCUCAACCUCCACUCUAUUACCCUUGCUAAGACGGAUUCUUCUCCUAAAAGCGAACCAAGAAAUUGCAAUCCUCCACAGAUUCAGAAUAAACCAUUUCACAACAAUGCCAAGAUCAAUAUGCAUCUCUCAAUAUCCAAUAGUCCUUUAUCCAAGGAAACGAUUUUUAGAAAGAUAAAAUAUUUAAAGCCUUAGUCGAUGAUUUGCCACUCCUCUCUAAACACAAAUUUGGGAAUUAUGUCAUUCAAAAAAUAAUCGAAAACUCCAAUCAGAACAUCAGAACCCUCAUCUUUGAAUAGCUACAUCCUUUCAUCAUAGAGAUGUGCUAUGAUAAAUUUGGAUGCAGAGUCAUCUAAAGAUUACUAGAAUUCAUUUAAAAUCACCAAAAAAUACAAUUAAUCUAAUCAAUCAAGAGCCAAGUAUUGAACCUAAUAUUUGAUCAAUGUGGGAAUCAUGUAAUCUAAAAGAUCAUCGACUUGGCAUCUGACGCAGAGUUUAUAAUUGACAUUGUGACAAACAAUGUUGAUCACAUUGUCUCUCAUUCCUAUGGCUGCCGAAUUGCCUAGAAAUGUCUAGAAAUAUUUCCUAAUCAAAAAUUGCAGCAACUCUAUGUUUCCCUGAUUCCUCUGUGUGAGAGGCUCUCGUUCUGUCAAUACGGAAAUUAUAUAGUGCAGCAUAUGAUCAAUUAAGGACCGCCAAAAGGAUUGGAAGUCAUUGGGAAGUACAUCAAAGCAAGAAUCGUGGAAGUGAGCUAAGAUAAAUAUGCCAGCAUUGUAGCUUAAAAAUACAUAACAGUGGCAUCUGAUGAUGAUAUUGCAAGUAUUUGCAAAGUCCUCAUUAAUGAUUGCUAUCCUCCAAUGUUACUAAUUUUAAUUAACAAUUAAUUUGGAAAUUAUGUGAUGCAAAAUUUCUAUUAAAAAUGCAAUGACAAAUAGAAAUAAUCAAUUUAGAUCUAAAUUAAUAAAUUUGAGGAUCAUCAAUUCACUCAAUUUGGUCGACAUUUCUUAUAAUUUUUGGCCAGAUGCCAUGCUUGUUGAUUGUUUUAUCUAUAUUUUUAAUUAUCGUUAAUAUUUUAUGGAUA